UGGAAAGCGAAAAAAAAAAUCACGGAUAAUUUCUGUGCUCUUGACAGAUCCGAAGCCCGACUGUUCACAUUGAUUGUGGAUCCUAAACCGUUUCUCCGAGUGAGCCGAGCGGGUCGUCUUGGGGACAUCGGAGGCGGUGUAGAGCAAAAGCUGCUAAAUGAAGCAAUGGCGGGGGUUGCAGGAGGAAAUGAUUUUCAGUGGUGUUUCUCUCAAGUGAAAGGAGCGAUAGAUGAGGAUGUUGCGGAAGCCGACAUAAUCUCCACAGUUGAAUUCAACUAUUCCGGAGAGCUGCUCGCGACGGGAGACAAAGGGGGCAGAGUAGUGAUAUUUCAGCAUGAACAGGAGUCUAAAAAUCGUCCACACCUGCGUGGGGAGUACAACGUUUAUAGCACUUUUCAGAGUCACGAGCCUGAAUUUGACUAUUUGAAAAGUUUAGAAAUUGAGGAAAAAAUCAAUAAAAUUAGAUGGCUACCCCAACAAAAUGCUGCUCACUUUCUACUUUCGACAAACGAUAAAACUAUCAAAUUAUGGAAAAUAAGUGAACGAGAUAAACGAGCGGAAGGUUACAACCUGAAAUACGAAGACGGACGCCUCUUAGACCCUUUUAGAAUCACCUCUUUACGGGUACCGGUACUGAUGCCAAUGGAUCUCAUGGUAGAAGCCAGCCCACGGAGGAUCUUUGCAAAUGCACACACCUACCACAUUAAUUCCAUUUCUGUAAAUAGUGACCACGAAACGUACCUCUCUGCAGAUGACCUAAGAAUAAAUCUAUGGCACUUGGAAAUCACAGACAGAAGUUUUAAUAUCGUAGACAUCAAGCCCGCCAACAUGGAGGAACUGACGGAAGUGAUCACGGCUGCUGAGUGCCAUCCUCACCAAUGCAACGUAUUUGUGUACAGCAGUAGCAAAGGCACCAUUCGCCUGUGUGACAUGCGGGCGGCGGCACUCUGUGACCGGCACUCAAAAUUCUUCGAGGAGCCUGAGGACCCGAGCAGCCGCUCCUUCUUCUCCGAGAUCAUCUCGUCCAUCUCAGACGUGAAGUUCAGUCACAGCGGGCGCUACAUGAUGACACGUGACUACCUCUCUGUCAAAGUAUGGGACCUCAACAUGGAGAACAGGCCAGUGGAGACGUAUCAGGUCCAUGAAUACCUUCGCAGCAAGCUGUGCUCUCUGUAUGAAAACGACUGCAUCUUCGACAAGUUUGAGUGCUGCUGGAAUGGCAGCGACAGCGCCAUCAUGACGGGCUCCUACAACAACUUCUUCCGAAUGUUUGACCGCAACACCCGGCGGGACAUCACGUUGGAGGCGUCCCGGGAGAGCAGCAAGCCGCGGGCCACCCUCAAGCCGCGCAAAGUGUCGACGGGCGGCAAACGGAAGAAGGACGAGAUCAGCGUGGACAGCCUGGACUUCAACAAGAAGAUCCUGCACACGGCUUGGCACCCCAAAGAUAACGUGAUCGCCGUGGCAGCCACCAACAACUUGUACAUCUUCCAGGACAAGAUCAACUAGAAGACGAGGGCUCUCAGCGUACCUGUGUAGUUCAGCCUACUACUCGUCUUAUCUGUGUAAGAAGCAGCAGCCUCGUCGUCCUCCUGGUGAAGAAUUCUGAAAGCACGUGUCUACUUUUUUUUUUUUUUUUUUGCCGCCGGAGGCCGACCCAUAGGUCUGUUUUUAUUUUCAGUCUCAGCUUAGGUUGUUUUUGCCGUUUGGCAUCAGGGCAAUCAUCGACCCUACCCCCUCCCUCCACCCCCCUCGCCCCCUGACCCAGAAAGCCCUAUCUGGAUCUAAUUGACGGAACGGCGCUCCCCGGAGGUGAGACUCUGCGUUUGUGUUGACAUUUUUAGCCUUCAUUUCACCAUCCAAAAGGAAAGGAGAAGUCUUGGACGUCCCGUCACAAGUUGUAACACCAUUUGGAAAGUUUCCAGGCUCCCUCUGAAGAGCUGAUUAAUGGCCAAAAAAGCCAAACUGUAACAUUCCUCCCCCCUCCCCAUCGCCGCCGCCGCCCCUUGUUGGCCGUGUAUCCAGGCCAAACCGCUGGUGGUGCAGGAGGAGGAGGAGGAGGAGGAGGCAGUGAUUCUGGAGAGUGGACUCGUUUUCUUUUCUUCCCUCCUCGUACUUACUUUACCCCCACACCCCCACACCCCUCCAUCAAUACAGUGACCUAAUUUCACUGACUGUAUCUACUCAAGUACACCUUGUCAUCCACAUAAUAAAAGAAACUAAAACGAAAGAUGUGUUUUAACUUUCGAAGCAUGUACUGAAACAUGCUUCAUUGCUUUGCAUGUGUUUAUGUUGUAGAGAGGCGGAACAUGUCCAGUCACACCACUGUCCUUUUUUGGAGCAAUUCUCAAGCUAAUGUGUUUAUUGAACUACUAUAUGGGGCUACCAGUUCCACAACCACUGUUGGACACGACUAAAACGGGCCUUCCAUCCUGACGUAUGUGCAAAAAAUGGGGAAAGUCGCAAGAGACGCGCACGUGGCCCGCACGGAUUUUGAAGGCCGCAGACUGCAUGCAGAUUCUUUUCUGCGUGCACGUAGCCGGGUGGUAACGGCAAGGCAGAGGAGGAGUGUGUGACCCCUGCGUGUGUCGCAAGUUUAAAAGUACUUUGUGUACGUAGCUCCUCCAGCUGUGCACUCUGGUCCUCCCGGUCACCGUAGCCGUAGGUGGCGUAGGAAGCCGGUACGCCCAUCUUGCGAUCAAAGUGAGUGGGCUGCACGAGCCUCAUACUUGUACAGUGCCCACACAUGUACGUCCCCGGUGAGUGAAACGUACGAGAGCCGUACGUGAAGCGCACGCCGCACUCACGAUCUAAAAGCCACUGACGGAGGGCGAGCGGCAAGCACGUGGGUGUCACGAAUCCUUCCUCUACGCGCUGGCCUCCGACAACACAUUUCCCAACAAUUGCGGAGCCCGUGCGUGUGGUAACACGUACGUCGGGAUAUAAGGCCCGCUUUAUAAUGCGUGUGCGUGCGUGUAUGUGUGUGCAUCAAGACCAUCUCUUCUUUUUUUUUUGUUUUAUUUGAAGAACACGGCUGGCAAAGCACACGGCACAAGAUGGACAAAGGGAAUCUGCAGCCUUAAUUCCUUCUUCUGUGAGUGAGAGCUACAAGUUAGGUUUCCCCCUAACCUCAUGUGCAUUAUUUGUAAAUGCUAUGUUCUAGUGUGUACGCUGCUACAUGUACAUGUAGCUAUCAAACACAUGCAGGAACAUCACACACACACACACAGAGGAGAUAAGAGUGCCUCCUAAACGUCUAAUGGGCCGGUAGGGUAUUGAGACUGACCUCGUCCAUGUGUCCUUAUUCACUAAAUUAGGGACCACGCGUCACCAAGUCAUAGAAAGCGGCGGUGAAGGUUAAAGACAUUCAAGCAACACACGUCAAGCAUUGUCGUAUGUCCAUUGAUUCCUAACGUGGUGGCAAUGUAUUCACUUGUUUAUUCUUUUUGACCAAAGUUCAAUAAAAUUUCAAUUGUGUUCAUCCGUAUUGGCCCCCUU